CAAGGAACCCUGGGAAAUAAAAAAAUGGCGGAACGUUUGAAAACACCGCCGACUGUCCGAAUUUACAAAAAGAUAAACUGUAAAUAGCAAAGCUCAAAGCGCUUAGCGCAAACUGUCGACCGGCACACCGUCACACGAGAGUCCGGUAACGGCUGGUAACCAUGAACCAGAGCCGCAGGAAGAUUGACCCUCCGUCCGGUCCGCAGCAACAGACGGCCCCGGUGAAAACAAACCGACUGAGGAGAAGUUUCCGGCAGACUCAGGCGGAGGUCGACUCUCCAAAGAGCCAACAGCCGGAAUUUAAGUCCCCCACCAGGAUCCCGAGAUCCAGAGCCAGUGUUGGUUUCACUUUAGAGUCUCCGCACAACGACUCCGACUUUCAGCAGGAUAUCAUUUGGGACGCCACCUCUCCUUCACCCAACAGACUCGGUAAAAGAGGUAAGAAGCAGCCUGUCGGAGUCGUGGACAUCUCGGAGAUCGUUAGCAGGAUCGCUCCAAAGCACGGCAGACCGAAGGUUGCAGAGCCGACCUUACAGCAGUGGAUCGGAGACACCAUCCCCUGCACGCCGGACGUGCAAGUUCCCAGACACAAGAAGAAAUCCCCGCGGCCAAACGCAGUGGACGACCUGCUGAAGCUGGCCAAACAGUUUGACUUCAACAUGUUUCAUCAGGAUGAAGAAGAAGAAGAAGAAGAGAAGGACCCGCAGAGUCUGGAGGUCCCGUCAGACGACAUCUUGGAUUUCGAGAACCGUGAGCAAAACGACGUUUCAUCUUCGCUUCCUAGAAACAGUCAGCCAGCUGUGAAGACGGACGUUCAGCUCCACCUGGAUCAAGACAUGGAGGACGAUUUGGAUUUUCUGUUUGAUGGACCGACUCAACAGUUAAGUGGAAACUUAAGUCGGGUGUCUUCAGCUCAGCCGUCACAAGUGAAACCUGCUUCUAAAGAGGCUUCUGGGAAACCCUCUGCUCCCUCGCACGGUGUCACUUCUAGUGUUUCCACGGCGAUCACUGAAGGCUCUCCAGUGAAAGACGAGUUUGAUGACGACUGGGAAAACGAUGACUUGUUAAAUGACUCUUUGGUGUUGGCGAUGACACAAAAUCCGCAGAACUUCGCGGCUCCAAAGCACUCUUCAACCCAGAAACCACCCAGUCAAGUAAGAGAUCAAAGGGAGAGUCAAGCAAAUGUCGUCCAAUCAGCUGUUUCCAAAGUGGAGAAGAACAAUGUGAGACAAAGAACGACUUUCAAACUGGAGCCUAAUCCCACACGCACUAACUCGAAGGUGGAUUACAGUUUAACAGCAGCAGACGCUCCGCAAAAGAAAUUUGGUAACGGUGUUUUAACUGCGGCGGGUUCUCAGCGUGCCUCGCAAACAUCAGACACAGUGAAGUCAGAACCUCCGACACCACCGUUUCAUCGAAGGACGUCUGCUGCCAAAUACAACACGACUUCUUCUACGGCAUCAAACACAUCGGUUUUAAAACCAGCUCAAAGCUUUCCAAUAAAACCUGCGUUAGUUUCAUCCCACAGCGAGGCGGCUGCUGCCUCCGACCUCCUGGAAGAGGACAUGUCCUUUUUCUUCGCUUCUGACCCGGUUUGGGACGACCUCGCUGACGACGACCUGCUGUGUGAACUGUGCGAAGACGUGGAGAACCAGGUCCAGAGCGGGGAGAACGUUGCCACCGUGCAGACUCUCCCCGGGGGUCACAUGUCAAAGCAGAGAGCGUCUCUGCAACCGUCCAACAGGAACCCACAGCCGGCCAGUCGGCAACCUUUCGCCCCCCAAAACAAAGCGGCAGCAAGUCUUCCCUGUGCUUCAGGAAGACCAGCUGGCAGUUCAUGGCCUGGAGGUUUUGUCUCCAACAUCGCUGCAGGUGUACAGAAGACUGAUUCUUUCAGGUACACACAAGCAAAAAACAUUUCAGGAUCUACAAACGGAUCAGCAUGUGUGCACUCAGCACCGCAGGGAACCCCCCGCCAACACCAGUUCACCUUCAAGAAGCCCAACAACCCCGUGUGUACGGGAACCAACAACGUUCUGGGUAAAUGUUCAGCAGCAGAGAUUGAGCAGAAGAAGCAGCAGGCGAUGGAGAAAAGACGACAGCGACUGCAGGCCACCCAAAACCUCCGAGCCCCCACCUGACGGAGACAAACCGGCCUCGUCAAUGAACAACACACCUGUGCUCACCUGCCUGAAGAGUAAACAGACGCUGCUGUCAGAGCGCCACCUCUUCAGCGCGGCUGCUCGCGGUUUGUUAGCAGAAAUACAUUUGACCAAAGCCUCAUGCUAAAAUGAAACUGUACAUGUUCUGUAGUGAUCUUUAUGUCGUGUUUUAUUAAUCAAGUCACGUUGUUGUGUGUUUUAAAGGAAUCGUUAGAUGUUUGCUUUCUCUCAGAGAGUAAGAUCGGAGUCAGGACGUGGUUAGCCUAGCUUAGCAUAAAGACUAGCCUGUCAACAAUAUCUUCACCUCUAAAGCGCACUGGGGCGAGGCUAGCAGUUUCCCCCUGCUUCCAGUCUUUAUGCUAAGCUAGGCUAACCACGUCCUGACUCCAGCGCUGUGCUCCACACACACACACACACACACACACACGGUAUCUCCUCGUCUCGUGGAAAGAGAGCAAAUAAAUCUAUUUCCCAAAAUGUUAAACUAUUAAGUUUUAAUGCCAGAAUACAAAACAACAGUUGUAAACUCAAUUACUGCUUAAAGAGGGAAAUGAUUGUACGCAGAAUUAUUAUUUAAUCCGGCUCAAAGAUGGAUAAAUAUUUCUGAUUUUAUUGAAGUCAUCUGUCGAAUUAAUGAAUUAAUUUGUGUCAUUUUAUAUUCAAAAGUAAGAACAUUUGUAUCCUGCCGGAUAACUCCAGUAGUGUUUGUGCUAAGCUAGGCUAACGCACUGGACGGCUCCUUUAAGACUUCCUUUGUGAUCAUGAACUCCUGGAGUCACAACGUCUCUCUUUAUUUUCUGUAAAGCACUUUAACUUUAAAGUGUUUUACCAAUAAAAGUUUUAUUGUUAUCACGA